AUGUCUGAUUGUCUACUGAAUAAAGUAAUUCUCGAGUACUUCAAUCAUCACUCAAAGCAGUUGAUGCCAAGUUGUGACUUGCAAACUGUUCUCCCUCGCGAAUUCACUUCAGAAACUCUAAAGCUAAACAGAAGCACAUCGAUUAAGUUACAUGACUUGAUCCGGAUUACGCCUGUUCAAGUCACCCUCAAGGGGCCUUUCCCUUAUGAAUUAAAUGCUGCUAAGUACAUUGUGAAAUGUGAAAACCCAAUAUCCGAAAGUAAUACCGGUUUCAAGAAUACAAUUAAACGUCACCAUUGGUACCCCAAUGUUAACAUCAAUCCCACAUACAAUAACGAGGUCCUUCAAUUAGAGUCUAUUGAACCUUAUUCACCACCACCCUUCCAAACUUUGCAUAGUGAAAUGAAAAAGUGGAGAAACCUGGGUUUCAAAGUAGACUCUCCAAUAAAUUUCAAUACUUCACACAAGAGUAUAUCAAUACACCCACUGCCAAAAUGGGUUUUGCCUGAUUCUAUUGACUUGUUCAGUAUUUCUCAGGAUAAUUUAAACUCGCAUAUUCCAAAACACUCUAUUCCUGAACGAGAAGUUUUGCUAAUUAAAGAUAAAACUCCAAGUUGCAAGUACUUUUGUGAAAGUCAGUUAAUUUUUACCCCACUCGAACCUUGCAUUAACACGAUGAGGUAUGAUCCGUGGUUAUACAAUGAUAGCUCGCUUCCAAACCCUUGUGUGGAAGAUAUUACCCAAUAUUUGCUCGACCAAAAUAGAGUUACCAAGAGUGGGAAAUACUUAGUAGUACCAGUCGCAUGUCCCAACACCAAAAUGAAAGAUAGUCCAGUCGUAAUCAUCUCAAAGUUCAUUUUCAGCCAUCUCAAACCCGAAAAACAUAAUUGGAAAUUGCCAAUGCGUGUAUUGAUUGAAAAUAUGACAUGGAAUCCAUUUAAUGUAGAUACUGCCAAUUUUGUUAACAAAUAUCUUAUAGAAACCAUUGCUCAAGACAGAAACUUUAUGGCUACCACAGAUAAAACAAUCAUAUCAAGUGUACAAAUGGCAAUACCACCCACAACCACACAUGCAUUUCCUAAACUAUCAAAAACUGAAAGUGCCCAGGAAUUGAAACCAGUAAACAUUAAAUACCCACAAAGAAAUAAUACCCCAACAAAGUCUGAUGGCCUAAUCAACACCCAAAUCGAAACUAAUGUUGCCACCUAUCAUAAUGACACAGAUAUUAUGAAUGAACUAAUUUCUUCAAGAAAAAGAAAAAGGAAAAAGUUAGACACAGUCUCAAAUGCAGUUUUGCCACCUGAGAUAUCUAUGUUACUGUUUGUGGAACCUAAAAUUCCUCAAAAUAAAGAGACCAUUGAAGAAAUAAACAGCUCUGUAUUGUCGAUUACCACCAUUGACAAAUCUGUCUUUGCCAAAACACAACACAUUAUAAUUAAUGAAACAUUAUGGGAUACCAAUUACCAGUUAGCAAAAUCGUUGUCUGACGUUGUUCAUGCGUUGGAAAUGAAAAUCAAACUUCCUAUUGAUAUUAUUGUUAAUGCCACUACUGGAAUAUACUGUACACUGUCGGAUUACCUUUUCCAAAGUGAUGGUCAUGGCGAAUUUUUAAUUCUAAAAACCCUCCUUCACCUCAAAAAGCAUUUCCGUUCAUUGCUUUUAUUCUCUACGGUGUCUACACCAAUAUUCUUAAAAUAUAACAGCAAAAAAUUACAAAAGCUUCAAGUAUUGUGUAUGUCCCUUAAUAUCAAAUUAUUCCUAAUUCCACCACAAGAUUUGGUUGUUUGGAUCUUGCAAGUACUUAAUGUCGAGGGUCCGGAAAAUUCUACCCUUUCUGUUGAUACUGAUGAUCAAGAAGGUAACCUUCUAGCUGAAUGUGGCUUAUCAUAUUUUCAAGUGAAUCAAGUCUUACAAAGGUGUUCUUUUGACGAGUUUCUCAUUAUGGAUACUAAGGAAAAAAUAAAUCAAUUUGGGGAAAUAAUUACAUCUGAACUAAUUUACCAACUAGAAAGUAUUCUCUCCCAGCAACUUUACUAA